AUGAUGACCUAUACAUAUUUAUAUAUAUUUAUACUAUUUGAAUGUGUGAAAUGUGCCGAUAAACAAAAUAAAAAAUUAAAUAGGAAUGGUCUGAGCCUGGUAUCAUACAGUGAUACUGACAGUGAUGGAGAGGAAGAUAAUUUUGAAGUAACUCAAACUAAUAAAGUAGAAAAUCAAACAGAACUGGAAUCAGCUCAACCUACUCAGUUAUAUGCUCCACAACGACUACAGUAUAUAAUACGACCCCAACCUCAAACAUAUCAACCUAUAACACAUACUCAAUACUAUGGGCCUCAAGAAUAUCCUGGAUAUAUUGUCUACGAUCCUGGUUAUCAACAUUAUCCGCAAUAUCAAGCGUAUGUACUGCCUGCUCAACAGCAGCCUGUACCUUCCGACAAACAAUACCUCAACAAAUUCAACAAUAUUCAUUAUGUACCAGUAUCGGAGCCAAUACCCCAUGCUGUUCCAGAACAGUCAAUACAUUACGGACCAACUCAAGUUGUACAACCACAAUAUCACGGAACUGGUCAACCACCUCAAACUAUACAACCGAGUAAACCAACUAAAUCUCAACCAAGUAGGACAGAUGGACCUAGUAAACCAACUAAGCUCAGUGAACCAACUAAAUCCAGUGGUUCAGACAAGGAAUUAGAACCUGAAGAUAUUGAAGUUGAAGUGGGAUCUGAUGAUGAAGAACCUGAAGAAGGUGCGGUUGGAGGAGUUGGAGUAACUUUAUGUAAAGAAAUCACACUGUUAAAAAAGGGUAAGGAUGGGCAAUUAGUUAAAAUGAUAGAAGGAGACUACAGAAAGAUACAUGACAAUGAAUACAAAGCUAGAUAUCUACUUUAUGCAAAACUUGAACAGUUGUUAUAUUGUGGUGAAAUUGUUUAUGUACAUAGAGCUGAAAUCCCUUAUCCAACAUCAUUUUCUCAUAAUAAAGUGGUUAAAAUGAUCGUAUUUCGACGAUUAUAUUCAUUCAUGUUAGCUAGGAAACGUAAAGGGCUCUGGAUGGUGAAUGGACGUAAAAUACCAAACUACAUUAGAUUAUACACACAAAAUUCUGAGGGUGAAGAUGUAGAGCUUAAUGAAGAUCAUUAUUAUGUCGAUUAUACACCAUCAGAAUCCUUUAAGUAUACAUUUAAACAAAGUGUGAAUUUCACCAAGGCCAUUAUGAACGAUUUAACCUGGACCAAAAAACCGACAGAUGGUCGUGUUGUAGCCUGUGCUGUUACACAUCAUGGGUCUUUAAUGAUAUUUUUCAAAAAAUAUUAUGAGGCAUACAGAAAGAUUAAUGGAGAAUAUAAGAUCUUUUACGGCAAAACAGAAAGAAAAUUUGUUAAAUAA